UUCUCGAUGGAAUUUGUGCCAUUUAUAUUUUAUUUUACUGUUAGGUCCACAUCCAUUGUAAUUUAAAAGGGUUUUAUAUAGUGUUAAAGGACUUUGUAAAAUUGGAAUUAAAAACCUAAAUGCAAGCUCAUACUGCAGCAAGCCACGUUUAAUUUGAUAUCCUAAAAUUCAGAAGGCUUGAUUGCGAGGCUUUAUUCUUAUGGUACUGAUACAUGGAUAACCAAAAUAUUCAUUGGUAGGAAUAACGCAAUACUAUGCGACACGUGUUCCUAUCUUUCGGCAAUAAAAAGAAAAUUUUAUUAGGAAUGCUAGUCAGUCCACUACUUUACAACGUUAUAGUCAAAUCUUCAGCACUAUAUCUGCUCAUCCUUUUGAGGUUUAAUUGGAAUCUGAACAUCGUAUAAUUCCAGAAAGCCUGAGUAUCGUGCAAGCAUUAUAUAUUUUUUCUAAUGUGGCCUUUUAGCGUUAUGUUUGGCUUUUUAAUAGCUAGCUUGAGUACACUGAAGUCAGACUACCGGCAUGUAACUCAAAACCUUUCUUCUAAUAUCAAAAUCUUUGCCCGAGUUUCUUUUCAGGUCAUCGUUAAAUAACGCCAUGCGGCGAGCUUUUACAACACUUCCCAGAUCAAGAAUGAGCAUUAUGGAACUGCCCUACAAGAUUCACCAGGACCUAUCUAAAUUCCUGGAUCCUGUAGGCACAAUGGAUUGGAAGCACUUGGUUUCUCAAAUUCCAAUCUAUACAGCAAAAGAUGUCAAACAGAUGGAAAUAGAGGCAAGCAAGCCAGGGAUGAGCUGCACAAAGCAUUUGCUGGAAGAUAUGGAUAACAGAGGAUACAGUGUGGAUAACUUAAAGAACUUUUUAAAGAUGUUAGGCAAUCAGAGAGCUCUGGGAUGCUUAGUAGCUGCGUUGGAUGACGAAUCUUUGUUGCAUGAAGACACCGCAACUGCUCAAAAUAGGAAAGGACGUAUCAGACCAUCUACAGCACUAGAAGAACCAAGUGACCUACACAUGAAAAGAUCGAGAGUAGACCACUACAUCUGUAAACCAACAGAUGAGAUAGACCUCUGCGAAAAUCCUGAUCCAGGAACAAGAGAAACAUUAAGAGUGGAGCACCCCAUCCCUCGACCAGCAGAAGAGAUAGAUCUCCCAAAGAACCCUGAUCCAGGAACAAGAGAAGCAUUAAGAGUGGACCACCCCGUCCCUCGACCAGCAGAAGAGAUAGAUCUCCCAAAGAAUCCUGAUCCAGGAACAAGAGAAACAUUAAAAAUGGGCCACCCCAUCCAUCAACCAACAGACGAGAUAGACUUCUGCAAGAAUCCUGAUCCAGGAACAAGAGAAACAUCAAGAAUGGACCACGACAUCUUUCAAUAUAGAUGUGAGAUGAGUGAGAUUCAGGACACAAUUGGAUACAAUCAAGAGGUACGCAACAGAUAUCAAAGUGAAAAUAUGCCUUCAGAAAAUGAUGAAACUCAUAACCUAGAUGCCAAUGGUCACACAGCACAAGCACCAAUGUACUGUCCUUCAACCUCCAGAGGUCAAAGGGUGCCAAUAGAACGCGAGGAAAACAAAAAAUCAAUAACAGAGUGGAGAUCAGCUCCAUUAAGUUUGUUCUUGUGGAUUAUUAGCUGUGGAAGUCAAAGUAAAGAUUUGUAGUGGUAUAUUUUAAACGCCCUACUUCAUAAUAGACCCCUUGCAUGUGAAAUUAAAGCAUCUCAAUUUGGAGGACAAAACAAAAUAAUUUAAUUAUCAUGAGAACUGGAUACCUAGUGUUAUAUCCUCCAAAUUGACCUGCAUUCCGACGUGCGACAAGGGGUCUAUGAGAUCGUAAGACAAAACAAAACGCUAACUUACCAAGUAUAACAAAAUAAAGUUAAAAAUUGCUAUUAGAAUAAGAUUCAUUACAAGUAAUUUUGGACGGGGAAAAUGGUUAAUCCUAAUUUUAUUAAAGGCUUUACAAAGUGAAUAUGAAUGUACAGAAUAGAUAUUAUUUCCAAUCGAUUGCCUCAAGGGAUAAUUUACAUUAGCAUAUACCAACUUGUGUACUUCCUAAGAACGCGCGCGUUCAUUGGUUAAUUGGAGGUGAAUAUUGUACCAACAAAGUGGCAUCUGCAGGCAAUCGUUGAAUCGGCGAAUAAUUGCUAAGUAUGCAUCGUUUAAAAAGGCAAAACUCUCGAAGUGUUCACGCUUAGAGUGUCCUCAUUGUAAUUAUUUUAAUCAAAAUUGAACAUUACUCUCACUUUUUAUCUAUUGCUUGAGUUUCCCUUUAUUUUAUUUUAUUUUAUCUUAUUAUUUUAUUUUAUUUUGAAAGAUUAAAAAGCUAUGCUAAAUACG